AUGGGUAGUCCUCAGACACUUCAUCAAGUUCACCUGAAUCCAGGAAAUUCUGACAGUAAUACUUAUCAGAGUAUUCAACAGAUGAGAAAUGUAAUGGAAAAAGAGAUAAAGAGUGAGAGAACAAGAGGAAAUGGUAGAGACUUAGCAUUCACCCUCAUGCCGUUGUAUGCUCUUGGAGUGGGAGUGUUUGCAGCAUACAAAUUUCUUAAGAUGAAGUCACAUGAAGAAAGUCUCUCAAAACAGGAAAAAAGUACAGAAGACAAGGCAAAGGAAACAGAGCAUCAGCUUUUAGAACUGGAGCAGCAUCUAGCACAAACAGAGAAAAUGUUAAAUUCUUUAUUGACUCAGUUGGAUCCACUGUCAAACUGUGUUAAUGCUUUAGCUUGUGAGCAGAAGGAUGAAAUAAUGACACAGCUCAAAUCAAUUAGACGCCUUAUGAAAGAAAGUGGAUUGGAUAAAUCAGAAAACAAGAUGAAAGAUGUCAGCCACAUUUGUAAUGAGAAACUUGAAGAUCUCAUUCAGUCAUUUGCUGAACAUUCUCAAGAGGAAGAAAUGGAUGACAGAGAAGAUGACAGUAAUGAAGAUUUGCUUGAGGAUGUUGAUAAUGAUUACAAAAUAGAAGAGCAUGAAUUAUAUGAUGAAUGUGAAGUACAUCAGUUUGAGCCAGAUGUGGUAGAAGACCAAGAAAUGCUAAACAAAGAUGCCAUUGAAUCAGAAGAGGGAGGAUUGAGGAGACGUAAUAGAUAUGAAUGAAAUCUGCAUAUGUAAAACUUUCAAAAGCUUAUGAUUUUUUUUAUAAUGUUGUAUGCACUUUAAACUGUUUUGAAUGAAGUUAUAUGCACUGCUAUAUGCUUUAAAAAGAGGGGUGAAGUACUGCCUAUGCUUAUAUCUCUGACGGUUCUGUAAGUGACUUUAGUGGCAGCAGAAUUUCACUCAGGAUGUUUACAUAUUUUUUUCUAUUUAUUUUUGUCCUAUAAAAAUAUUUCUGUACUC